AUGAACAACAAGUGGAUGGCAGGAGAGUUCGUCAAUCCCGAGAGCCAGAACAAGAGCAUGAGGGAAGCCAUCAUCAGCUCAGUGAAGCAGAAUGGCCACAGGAGCCACAACUGUAUGAGAGAAGCCAGAGGCAGCUGCCUGAGCCAGACCAGCUGGAGAAGGAAAGGUGCCACUAUGAGCCACAUGUGCCUGGAAGACAAGUCAAUGAGGAGAGCAGACACCAGGCCCGUAGAACUGAACUGCAAGUUUAUGAACGAAGCCGGGAUCUCCUACGUGAGCCUGAAUCACGAGUGGAUGAGCAGAGACUACGUCGUCGCCAAGAUCCAGAACAACAAGUGUAUGAGAGAAGCCGCCAUCGGCUCAGUGAAGUGGAACAAGCAUCAGCCUCAUCAGCUUGAACAGCGAGUGGAUGAUGGAAGCCGAUAUCAGCACCAUGAGCCAGAACAACUAAGAGAUGGGAGGAGUCACUUUCAACCCCGUGAGCCAGGACCACAAGGGGAUGCAAGAAGCCACCGUCCCUUCCAUGAAUGUGAACCAGAAGUGCAUGACGGAAGCCAUCGUCAGCCUCGUGAACAACGGGAUGUUUGGAGCCACUCUCAGCCCCACGAGCCUGAUCCACGAGCGGAUGAGAGGAGUCAGCUUCAGCCUCGUCAACCUGAACUGCAAGUAUAUGAAGGAAGCUGCCAUCAGCUACAUGACAGAGAACAAGGAGAGUUGCGGGACCGCUCUUUGCCACUUGUUCCUGAAACACAAACCUAUGAGAGAAGCCGUGUUCAGGCACAUGACCCUGAACCACAGAGGGAGGGCCAGAUGCGUGAGCCACGUGACUCUGAAUUGCAAUUGGAUGAGAAAAGUCUCUGUCAGCCACAUGCCCCCAUACAACUAGGGAAUGGACAGAGACGUUAUCAGCCACGUGAGCUAGAACCGGAAGCAAAUGAGGGGAGUCGUUAUCAGCCACGUGGCCCAGAACAACAAAGGAACUUGCAGAGUCAUGGCCAGCCACAUGAGCCUGAGCAACGAGUAAAAGAGCGGAGUCGCUCUCAUCUACCUGAGCAGGUACAACAAGGGGAUGCACAGCCCCAUUAUGUGCCCCUCAAGACUAGACCACAAGCACAUGAUGGAAGUCGCCGUACCCUACAGGAAUCCAAGACACAGCAUUAUGAAGGGAAUCGCCAUCAGUCACAGAACGCAGAACAACAAGGGGACGUGAGGAGCCACUAUCAGCCACGUGAGCCAACGCAGCAAGUGCACAAGGGAAACCGCCGAGAGCUGCAUGAAUCUGAAACACAAAAGGGUGAGGGGAGCCAACAUCAACCUCGAGAACCAAAAGAGCAAGUCUAUGAGGGAAGCCGCCGUCUGACUCCCCUCUGCAACCCUGAACAACAAAGGGCCGUGCAGAGCAGCGGUCAGUCACGGGACCCUACUCCACAACAGAAUGAGGUGAAUUGCCAUCAGCCACAUGAGCCUGAACCCAGGGUGGUUGCAGGAAAUGUCCAUCAGCGCUAUGAGGUGUUGCCACCAAGGGAUGACCAAAGCCUCCUACAGCCAGAUCAGCUUGUGCCACAGCGGGGUGAUAGAAGUGAUGACCCACAACCUGAGGUCAAACCUCAUGACCGAAGCCUCCCACAGUCCCUGGAGCCCGAACGUCAAAGUAACAAGAGGACCCAACAUCAAACGCUUGAGCCUGAGCACCGGGAGGCCGAGAAGAAUGGCCAACGGCCCUUUGCUCCUGACCCGAAGAGGGACGGUGAGAUCUGUCAUCCGGUAUCUGCCAAGCAAAGGGAUGAUGGAGGAAGGCAGCCCCAGUCACAUGAAACUGAGCCACGAGGGGGCACAGGUACCCGCCUUCAACAACGUGAAGCCGAAGCCCAGGGCAACACGACAACCUCCCAAAAUCCCCGGGAACCUGAAGCGCGAGGACCUGAGCGGGCUCGUCAGCCACAGUACCCUGAGUCACAAGGGGUCAAGAGCAGCCCCCAUCAACUGCAGAAGGCUGCACCCCAGGAGGGUGAGAGGGACAACCAACCACCCCAAAACACUGAACCCCAAGAUGGAGAGAGAAACAGGCCUCAGGCAGGUGAGGCUAAGCCAUCCAAGGAGGAGGCAAGCCAGCGCGAGCCGCACAAUCCCGACUCAACGGAUGACAACAGGAGCCGCGCAGCACCCGCACCUCCACCCACUGGAGAUCCAGGCAGCCAGACUCAGCCACGGGAAGGUGAACCACAUGAUGGGAGUCGCCAUCAGAGCAGCAGGCCUGAGGGCAGAGGGGAUGAGGGGAGCCAGCCCCAAGCCUAUGAGCCUGGAUUCAGAGCAGUACCAGAGCGCAGGCUGCGAGAGGGCGAGGGAAGCCAGCAACAACCGUGGGCACUGGAAGCACCGGCAGAGGGAGGAAGCCGCCAGCAGCCGCCCCAGGGAGACGCAGCGAGCCGGCGUCAGCAGGAGGUUGCACCUGAACAGGCUGCGGGCAGCCAUCUGCCUCUGGCACAGCUGCAAGAGAAAAGUCCCACUCGGGCAGCGGAGUCCCAAGAAGGGGAGCAGAGUCACCACCCUCCUGAACCCGUAGUCUCCCAGGAGGGGCUAGGGGACCCUAGGCUGGAUGAAGCCAAGGCCUCCCUGCCUUGCAGUCCACUCUAUGUGUAUCUCCUGGCGCAGAAGGCUGAGCAGCAGCUUUGCCCUGCGCCAGCACCCCAGGAACAGCCAUAG